CUCCUGCAGGCUCUGAUGCUCCACGUCAGGCACGAGCUGUUUCGGCUUGGUGCUGACGUCACUGCACUCCCAUAAUGCAACGAAACAUAUGACAAAAAAGUAAACAAGAGGUAUUCACGAUGGCAGCGGACAGUGAUCCCGAGACGGAGGUGUUUGAGAUCACGGACUUCACUACCGCGUCCGAAUGGGAAAGGUUUGUGUCAAGAGUUGAGGAAGUGUUAAAUGACUGGAAGCUCAUUGGCAGCUCUGCCGGAAGGGCUUCUCCAGAGAAGGGUGAAUACACCAGUGGCACCUGGGAGGAAAAGUCUCAGGAGAUCAACUUCGCUGACUUCAAGUUCUCUAUAACCCACCACUACUUGAAGCAGGAAUCAGACAAGAGUGAUCUGAAAGAGGAACUCGAGGAAGAUGCAUUUCCCUUGGCUAUGCAGGACCUCCUGUGUAUGAACAAUGAUUUUCCUCCGAGGGCGCACUGUCUGGUGCGAUGGUAUGGCAUGCGAGAGUUCUUGGUCAUCUCACCGGGGGCCAACUGUGAAGCCAUCACCAGCGAGUCCAAGUGCAACUUACUGCUCAGCUCCGUCUCUAUAUCUCUGGCCAACAGCGGCUGUCAGGUGCCAAUGUUUGUGCAGAUCCAGCAGAAGUGGAGGCGGCUGUACGCCGGGGAGUGCCAGGGUCCGGGCGUGCGCACCGAUUUUGAAAUGGUCCACCUCCGCAAGGUGCCCAGCCAGUACAACCACCUGUCUGGCCUGCUCGACAUCUUCAAGGCCAAGAUAGGCUGUCCCCUGACCCCCCUGCCCCCCGUCACCAUCGCCAUCCGCUUCACUUACGUCCUGCAAGACUGGCAGCAGUACUCCUGGCCCCAGCAGCCUCCAGACUUUGACGCUCUUCUCGGAGGCGAGGUGGGCGGGGUGGAGUUCGGCAAGCUUCCGUUCGGCGCCUGCGAGGACCCAAUCAGUGAGCUGCACCUCGCCACCACUUGGCCGCACCUGACCGAAGGCAUUGUGGUGGAUAACGACGUCUACUCCGACCUGGACCCUCUCCAAGCCCCCCACUGGUCUGUGCGAGUCAGGAAAGCGGAAAAUCCCCAAUGCUUGUUAGGAGACUUCCUGAACGAGUUCUUCAAGCUUUGCUGUAGGAAGGAAUCCACCGAGGAGAUAUUGGGCAGAGGAUUGACCGAGGAAGAGGGCAAAGAGAACACUGACCUCAGCGCGGCUCUCUCCAAGCUGACGGAGCCGGCGGCCGCGCCCAUGUCAAAGCUGUCCGUCUCCAGCAUGGUGCACAGCGCCCGCAAGCACAUCCGCCGCCACCGCCGCGUCGACGAGUCUCCGCUCAGCAACGACGUGCUCAACUCCAUCCUGCUGUAUUUAUUCCCGGACGCGGCGGUGGAGAGGUCUUCGACGGGGACUUCGGACGCCAGCGACGGCCGCGCCGCGCCGCCACCCAGCGCCGGCGGCAGGGCCGAGCCCGAUAAAGACUCCGACUAUAACCUGUUCAACCAGCUGAAGUCGGCGCCCAGCGACAGUCUGACCUAUCGGCUGGCCCUGUGCGUGUGCCUGGUAAACUUCUACCACGGUGGCGUGCGCGCCCUGGCCCAUCUGUGGCAGGAGUUUGUCCUAGAGAUGCGCUUCCGCUGGGAGAACAACCACCUAGUCUACGGGCUGGCCAGCGGAGCCCCUGAUCUCCGCUGUUGUCUGCUGCAUCAGAAGCUCCAGAUGCUCAACUGCUGCAUCGAGAGGAAGCGGGCGAGGGACGAGUCCCGGAAGGCCAGCGACGGGGGAAAGGAGCGGGAGCGACAGCUGCCGGGCGGCGGCGAGAACGGGCGCCGUAGCCGCCGCGAGGGUGCCGCCGCCGCCGCCGCCGCGGCCGGCUCCGGUGCCGCGCGGGAGGCCUCCCCGGGGAAGUCGUGGGACUCGUGGAGCGACAGCGAGGACGAGUUCUUCGAGUGCCUGAGCGACCAGGAGGAGGCGGCGGCGGCGAAGGAGGGCGAGGCGGAGAAGGGCGGAGCCGGCAGGGCCAAGCCCCCCGACGGCAGGCUCCACCCCCACGGCACCAUGACCCUCCUGAACCCGUCCACAGAGCCCCUGUACAUCCCCGUCACGCAGGAGCCGGCCCCCAUGACGGAGGACCUCCUGGAGGAGCAGUCGGAGGUGCUGGCCAAGCUGGGCACCACGGCCGAGGGCGCCCACCUCCGGGCCCGCAUGCAGAGCGCCUGCCUGCUCUCCGACAUGGAGUCUUUCAAGGCCGCCAACCCGGGCUGCUCUCUGGAGGACUUUGUGCGCUGGUACUCUCCCCGGGACUACGUGGAGGAGGAGGUGGUGGACGAGGCGGGCGCCCCCGUGCUCCGGGGCGAGCUGAGUGCCAGGAUGAAGAUCCCGGGGAACAUGUGGGCCGAGGCCUGGGACACGGCCAGGUCGGUGCCCGCGCGCCGCCAGAAGCGGCUGUUUGACGACACCAAAGAGGCCGAGAAGGUAGGGCUUCCACCAGAUCGCCUGCCUUUAGAGCAAGGCGUGGGCUGCCAUGGCCCCCGGGUCAUGGAGGAUGAAGGUGUGGGGGGGAAAGAUAAUGUGCAACAUCUUUUUUUUUUUUCUACUUUUACAGUGACAGCUUGUCACUGUGCAACGUUUCCCCCUGUUUUUCUCCACAUGAAUAAGCUCGAAGAAGUCAUCAGUCAGCUGGUGGCGGUGGAGACCGUCAUUGCCCGCGCCCGCUCCCUCAAGGCAAAGUUUGGCGUCGGCAAAGCUGAGGCAGGAGAGGAUUCCGAAGAUCUGGAGAAGUUCGUCAGCUCCUUGCUGGAGGAGCCCGAGGUGGCGGUGUUGGGUGCUGGACGCGGGCCGGCUGGCAGCAUCAUCCACAAGCUGUUUGUCAGCUCUCAGAGGCUGACUGACUUCACCAGUGAUGAGGGCUUUCUGGGUGACAUGGAGGCAGCCCUACUGGCACCCAUGGACGACGACCUGGUCCGUCCAGGGGGCGGGGCCGAUGACAGGAAGCCGAUGGGCGGUGGCCUCAACGUGCCCGACUUCCCGCCCCCCGCGGGGCGCGAGAUCCUUCUGCGGACGUGCGUCCCGCGGCCGGCGCCGUACUCCAAGGCCCUGCCCCAGCGUCUUUUCUGUGUGCUCUUGAGGGAGGACUUCAGACUGGCCGGGGCCCUCUCCUCCGACACCUCCUUCUUCUGAGAGACCCCCCCCACCCCCCCCCCAAGGAAGAAGUGCAUGCGUUCUUUUUUUCUUUUCUUUUUUUUAUUAAGGGUUAUAUCGUCAUAUCGACUCCUAGCAAAACGCCACUGUUUUUGUGUUGCGGUCGAGGCGGUGGCUUGACCAGUCCAUCCAUAAGGAAUAUCGGGACGCAGCGCGCUUUGUUGUUCUGAUUGUUAUUAUUGUUGUCAUUGCGUAAUGGCACACUGCGAUCAUUGUGGGUCACCACAGGUGUUUGUCAAUGUAUUUAUUCCCUCCCCUCUGUUUAGAGGGGAGACAAAUAAACCGUCUCUGUUUCGCAUUGUGAUUUAAAGUAUUGACCAGACAAUGUGAGGUUGGUGUUUGGUUGGUUUACUGUGGAAGAAAAACAGGACAGGAAUGUCUUUGUUGACCGCGGUGUGCGCUACCAUACCACUAUUUGUUAGACGGACUUUACUGUCCGUUUUCAUCCAGAGGUUGACAAAAGGUAACAACCACUCUGUAGUGCUUUAACUAAAGACUUGUCUUGUAUUCUCUCACCCGCCUAAGGUGUUUUCUAAAUAGAGAACAAUCACUUGUCUUUGGCGAACCAACCUAACCAUACCUGACAAAAUAAUGGCGCUAUUUAUGUUUACAAUGGUAUCUUGUGUUUAUCAUGACCUUUUCCUCAAUAACUCGUUUCGUCAGGGUAAGCGUUCAACCUGGCAAGUUGACAAUUUGGGGAGACACCAUUUAUCUUCUCAUAUGUUAGUGCUAUUUGUCUCGCAUCAGCUUACAUACUCAUCUGUAUUCCUUGUGCAUUUGUGGUUUAGCUAAACAAAUAAAAAUGCAUUGUGGACAAAUGUAAACAAUGCUUGUUUACAUUUACAUGGGUGUAAAUGUAAUUCCUCAGUGUCCCCUACCUUGUAGAAACCCCUGGUCAAAAGUGCAAUUACACAUAUCAUAUAUUGUACACACAAUGUAUAAAUGUAAUAGAAUAACAAUGUAGCUUCACUCAAAGCAGAAGGAACCAGUUUUGAUUGUCGAUUUUCAUUGUGCUCUUUCUGCUAAAAAUUAUGUUUCAAAUUAAAAACUAUUGCCUAGUUAAAGCAUUUCUAUUGUCAUUAGUUGACUAGGGGAGUGGAUGUGAUCUGGGGAUAUGGAACUGAUAUGUACAUGAUAAAUGUAUUUCUAUGUCCUUUACUUUAGUACUGUAACAUGGAUAACAAUAAACACAUUCAAAUCAAA